GCAGAUGUCGUUGUCGGUUUGGCCAACUUAACUCAAGGAAUUUGAGUAGGCUACCUAAAGUUCAGAUGGUCAUUUUGUAAACCCAGAAUUGUUCUCCCGUGCGCCUAGACCGAACCAUUUGCAGGGGUAUGACUUUCAUAGUUCAGAUAACCGGGGUAGAUCCAGAUGGUGCAUUUCAGUGAUUGUGUGUAGUGCUGUAGUGUGGACUACUGAAGUUUUCCAGUGUAUCCGAUUGCAAAAUAUGUUAGCCUACUGGUUUAAACUGGAUAGGAAUCGAGGGGAGUGUCAAAGUCUAGCUUUGGCUUGAAACAAAUAAAAACUAACGCUCUGCUGAUCUGAGUAUCUUUAGCGUAUGUACAGUAGGCCUACGAAGACUUAGGUCAGAAUCUGAGCAAGCAAAAAGAGCCACAACAAUGCCAAACGGUCACAAAGGCCCGACUCAGUCAGACCAUCAUGACUGUCACCAUGCUGGGGUGUAUGAUUACAAUCUGCUCGUUGUUGGAGGAGGGUCAGCAGGCCUUGGUGUGGCCAAGGAGGCAGCUAUUCUAGGUCAGAAGGUACUACUACUUGACUUUAUGACCCUAUCUCCUAAAGGAUCCACGUGGAAUGUCAGCAGCUGUGGUGUGAGUGUCCUUAAGAAGCUGAUGCACCAGGCUGCCUCCAUAGGCCAGACCUUGAAGGACUCGGCUGCCUAUGGUUGGAGACUCCAACAUCCUGUGUCUCAUAGCUGGCCUGAGUUGACGGAUGCCCUACAGCAGAGAGUGAAGGCUCUGAGCUUUGAGCUUAGGCAUGAGCUGCGGAAGCGUGGCAUCACCUACAUGCACGCUCACGCAGCACUCCUGGACCCCCACACUGUACAGGCAACGGAUGCGAAAGGGGAUCAGACAAGUCACACUGCAGAAACCAUUGUGGUCGCCACAGGAGACAGGCCACACUACCCAGAUCUCCCUGGAGCCAAAGAGCAUUGCAUCACCUGUGAUGACCUCUUCUCCCUGCCGUACUCCCCCGGCCGGACCCUGGUGGUGGGGGGAACAGGAGAGGCGCUGGAGGCUGCUGGCUGGUUGUUUGGUCUGGGUCUGGAUGUGAGCGUUAUGCCGCAGUCCUCCGUGCCAGAUGGCUACGACCAAAAGGUGGUCAGAAAGAUAGAGGAUCACAUGUACGUGCAGGGGGUCAACUUCCUGUAUGGCUCCAUGCUCACAAAGGUAGAACAGAUUGAGGCAGGCAGUCCAGGGAAACUGAGGGUCACAGCUCAUUCUCCUGAACUGGGUGACAUAUAUGCAGAAGACUUCAGCACUGUACUCCUAGCCGUGGGCAGGGAUGCCUGUAUGCAUAACAUUGGCCUGGAGAGAGCUGGGGUGCAAGUCGACCAGAGAACAGGAAAGAUAGUUGUGAGUGAUGAAGACCGGACCAGCGUGUCGCACAUCUAUGCCAUCGGAGCUGUACAGGAUGGAAGGCUGGCUCAUUCAGGCCUCUCCAUGCAAGCUGGACGCCUGCUGGCUCAGAGGCUGUACGGAGGCAAAAACACUAAGAGCGACUACUCCAGCGUUCCCACGGUGCUGUUCACACCCAUGGAGUAUGCAGCCUGCGGCCUUACUGAGGAGACCGCCUGCCAGAGGUUUGGAGAGACGAGCAUAGAGGUCUUCCACAGCAACUACUGGCCACAGGAGUGGACUCUGCCCAGGAGGAACAAGAAUUCCUGCUAUGCCAAAGUCAUCUGUCACAUCUCAGACAAUCAUCGUGUGCUCGGGGUUCAUAUCCUGGGCCCCAGCGCAGGUGAGAUCAUUCAGGGUUUCGCCACCGCCCUCAGGUGUGCCCUGACCAAAGAGCAGCUGGACGCCACAGUCGGCCUCCACCCUGUGUGUGCAGAGGUGCUGACCAAUUUGACACUCACCCAGCGAGAGACUGAGGCCAUGCUUGUGCAGGGAAAUUGCUGAGGUUAAUGCCCUGCUGUCAUUCAGUUUCCCAUGGUAACAUCUGUUUUUUUGACAUUUGUUGCCAUGGGAAUAAUGUGGACAGCAGGGAGAUCCCUGUAUGUGGUCCGGGUGUGGAGUGAUGGACAGUGAGGCAGUUCUAAAACUGACCAAUGAUGUCCCAGCCUGGAGCCUGGAAACAGGUGGGCGGAGACUGAUGAACUACUGCCAUCCAACUAACAUUUUUUCCCCAAGUUUAGUCACUUUGCUUUCCUACAUCCAAGAAUUGUCCCUGAUGCAGUGAAGUGAAGUCAAGAUAUCGGUAGUCAUUUCAUGAAUUCCAUCUUUGCAGAGGAAAACACUGUGCAUUUUUGUAAUUAAUUUGGUCUUCUGUUGUAUUGGGUGACUUCUUGCUGUGAUCUGCAUUCAUUCAAAUUGCAGAUGAUAAGCUUUACUAUUCUUAUAGUGUAUGUUUCAGCUAAGGAAACAUGACUACUUCUAAAGUCAAAUGUGAAUUUGACACUAAAAGUUCCAAAUUAGAGCCUGUUGCUAGGUUACUAAAUUUUGAUUGGUCGUCAAGAGAGAAGAGACAUAGACAAGACCAGCGCUGUUCUAAAAGUUGAACAGAUUUCAACUUUUAGUGCUCUGAAAAACACACAGCGCUUUCACAAUGCAUGACGAAAAUAACAGUGGACUAACUAUGGAUAACUUAGGAUAACUUGUAGACCAUAAAGGUAAGAGUUCAUUGUCCUAUACGUUUAGCUAUGUUCGCCAUGUCCAGCUUCUAAAUGUGAUGUGGCUAAUGGGGUGUGUAUCUGUGUGUGUGUGGAGAGGGGAGAUUUGUUGUGUGUUUGGGUGGGGGAUUGUGUAAUGGUGUGUGUGCGUUGGGGGGGUUGGUGUGUGUGUUGGGGGGAGAUUAUUGGGGUGUGUGGAGAAAAGGGAUGUAGGCUACCUGUGUGUGUGUGUGUGUAGGCCUUUUUACACUGCCAAAAUUCCCGCAAAUUCUAUUAGUUCCGGCACCAGUGUGAAAACGUUAGGGCGGAAAGGGGGGACGUGGGUGGGCAUUUUUAUGACACUACAUAUGUCCAACCCACUACAGGAGAUUUAAAAUCUGACUGAUCAAAAGCAGCAAUAGCAGAGACAGCACGUUACGACAAUCUUUAAAUCCACAAAGCUUCCAGUCAUUUAACGCCUGCUAGAGUUGACUGUAAGUCGGAAUGCAAUUGGUUGCCAUAAUAGACUAUCCUAAAAUCCAGCGAUAAAACAAAACAUGAACUCAUUGAGCGUCUGUCCUAGCAAGCUUUUACAUUAUAUCACAUCAUAAACUACUGUCAUUACCCCCCCCCCCCCCCCCCCACACACACACACACACACAAUAUACCUUUUUAAUUGCUACUUAUACUUUUUUCUUGAACGUUGAACUGGGUCUUGAGCACAAGAAUUUCAUUACUUAUAAUUCCUUUUAUGAAUACAUGACAAUAAACUACUUGAACAUGAAAUGUAUUUCUGCUAGGUCAACAGGGAGUGGGGGGGAAAAGGUCAACGUGCCAGAUGCAUGGCUCUAAAGGGUUAUGUAGUCUCUUAAUUAAUCAUAGGUGUGUUUUGUGUGUAACAUGCAAUAAGCCGAAUAGACUGCCAUCUCCUAUUGGUUUGCUUACACCCUGGCUCUUUCAGUGAUGGAUUUGCCAGGUGGAAAACAAUACACACUACAGCAACCUGAUGUGAUCUUGAUGUACACAAUAAUAAUCUUUACAUUGUAAUAAGUCAAGUUAUCUUAACCAAUCUUAGCUUAACUAAAUAAUGUCCUUACUUAAACCACACUGCAUAUCAAUAUCAAAACUAGUAUGCCUAGUAAUAGUAAGUCAUUUGGCAUGCAAUACCUUUAUUGUUCUCUGCAGGCUUACAUUAAAGUAUCAACAUAUUGUUGAUUGACCCAUCAAAAUGUCAAAAAUGAAGAAAUGUCAUCA